AUGGAUGAAGAAUACGACGCAAUCGUUUUGGGCACAGGGCUCAAAGAAUGCAUUCUUAGUGGAAUGCUUUCUGUGUCGGGAAAAAAGGUAUUACACAUUGAUCGGAAUAAGUAUUACGGUGGUGAAUCUGCGUCAAUUACUCCAUUAGAAGAGUUAUUCGCAAAGUUCAAUGCACCGGCUCCGGAUGAAACAUAUGGUCGAGGUCGUGACUGGAACGUGGACUUGAUCCCUAAGUUUUUGAUGGCUAAUGGCCUUUUAGUGAAAUUGCUUAUCCACACGGGCGUAACCCGUUAUUUGGAAUUUAAGUCUGUGGAGGGCAGUUAUGUUUACAAAGGCGGAAAAAUUUCGAAAGUACCUGUCGAUCAAAAGGAAGCUUUGGCAUCUGACCUAAUGGGCAUGUUCGAAAAGAGACGUUUUCGCAACUUCCUUGUAUAUGUUCAAGAUUUCCAGGAAGAAGACUGCAAAACCUGGAAAGAUUUCGAUCCUAGCACAGCUAAUAUGCAGUCACUGUAUGAUAAAUUUGGUCUUGACAAAAAUACCCAGGACUUUACUGGUCACGCAUUAGCACUUUAUCUUGAUGACAGUUAUUUGCAGCAACCGGCUAUUCAGACAAUUCGUCGUAUUAAGCUAUAUUCCGAUUCGCUUGCCCGAUAUGGUAAGUCUCCAUACUUGUACCCUAUGUAUGGACUUGGUGAGUUGCCUCAAGGUUUUGCACGCCUUUCAGCAAUUUAUGGUGGUACUUAUAUGUUAGACAAGCCUAUUGAUGAGAUUGUCCUUGGAGAGGGUGGUAAAGUAGUAGGUGUGCGCUCAGGAAAUGAGAUAGCUAAAUGUAAACAAGUGUAUUGUGACCCCAGUUAUGUUCCUGAUAGAGUUCGCAAGAAGGGUCAAGUUAUUCGUUGCAUUUGCCUUUUAGAUCAUCCUAUAGCUAAUACCAAGGAUGCUUUAUCUACUCAGAUAAUAAUUCCUCAAAAGCAGGUGGGCAGGAAUUCUGACAUCUAUGUGUCCCUGGUGUCAUACACUCAUCAAGUUGCUGCUAAAGGGUGGUUUAUUGCUAUGGUGUCUACUACCGUGGAAACUAAGGACCCAGAGUCAGAAAUCAAACCUGGUUUGGACUUGUUGGGACCUAUUCGACAGAAGUUUGUUUCUGUGUCUGAUUAUUUUGAGCCAACUGAUGAUGGCAGCCAAAGUCAAAUCUUCAUAUCGGAAUCCUAUGAUGCAACUACACACUUUGAGACCACUUGUUUAGAUGUGCUCAAAAUCUAUAAGCGGGGCACUGAUGAAGACUUUGAUUUCUCCAAAGUGAAGGUAGAGUUGGGAGAAGAAGAGCAGUGA